AUGGAAACAGCUGAACUUGAGCAGGAAGGACAGACACAAGAUAACCAUGUUUAUACAUACCCACUAGUAAAGGUAAAACAUUAUUCUAAAUACGAAGCUAAUUUUUGUUGCAGCGAUAAAAGCUAGCCACUCAUAAAAUAAAAAAAUAAGCAAUAAGUUUUCUAUGUCUAUAAACAUAGCUGUUUGACAUCUGACAAAACAACUUUGUGUGGUAAGGGUAUAUAAACAUAAGCCACUUAAAUUCCCGAAGUAUGACAAUAAGGGAGUCAGGUCUUGUCGGAUACAAUCAAUCUUAUAAAAGUUGCUGAUAUCAACAGUUAUAUAAGUUCGCAGCAUAAUUUUUAAGACGUAAGGGUUACGAACUGUGAAAAGCCUUGAGUUCUAGACAAAAAAUAACAAGCCUCUUUCAUUGUUUUAUGUACUUAAGAAGUUUGAAGGAGUUACCGCAUUUACCUACUGUCACGUCGGUUGAAGUCGGUAUUAACGACCGUGCUGUCAUAUGCCUCCCCCCCCCUCAGGGGUCGAGGCGUAGUCCCUUGGGCAUUUACGUAUGAUUCGUUUAUAUCUUACGGUAAGUUUACCGUACACACACACACGUAAUGUUGUCGUGUAAAUAGGCCUUUAAGCUGACUUACGUAGAAUGCCCUGUAUAUAAUCGCUGUUUAAGCCUACAUCAAUGUCGUUGGAUUGAAUAUCUACAUGGCUUUGUUUUUUGGCUGUCAGUGGGAAUCUCACUUAUUAAAAUUUUUUAAGGUUGGUUUCAUGAAAUUUCAAUAUGCUGAAUGCUCCGGAUGUAAUGUUAAUCUAAGACUUAUGCGUUCUGAAUGCACAAAUGAGUAACAUCUCUAGGGUGGGAGGUGUCUGCUUACCCUAGUCUUUCACCGCGUGUUUGGACCAGAUCUACCUAGGAAUCAUUAAAGGAGGGGUGCUUCACUUCAGCCUAAUUAAGCCCUACCAUAACUAACCGCACUUAACCCUCUCUUUGUCCUUGGGGCUGAAGGGGCCCUGGGAAGUCUAUAAAAAGGCAGACGUGUUUGUCAUUACGCCAGUCCGCUCUCCCUUAUCUCACCAGUGGAACAAAAUUAGCACGGGGACGCCACGUUUUCUUCGUUUAUGAUCUGCUUUUGAGAUAUCAAUUCUGCCGCACAAGGCACAUUCCCUCCGAUGUAACGGUUGUUUGUCAACCUUGGAUGGGGAAUAUCAAAACCGUCCAAGACCUUACCGAACGUGACUCAGCCACAUGGAGCCAUACAGGUGAACCAGCGGACGUCCCACGCAGCAUCCUGGUUAUGAUGGCUAUUGCCGACUUAUAAGCCGUUAUCAACAAGUCAUGCCCAAUCUCCGGUUUGAAGCGGACGGGGUUCGUUGCCUGGAUCUUUGGUCUUUAAGUUGAAAACUAGGCCAUCGAGCCACAGGCCCAUUGUCCUAUCGAUUGCGGUCGGAAGUAUAAUGUUGCAAAUGCUUUCACUGAUCGAAUAGCAGGAUAUUCUAAGUUGCAACAGAUGGGCCAGUGGCUCAAUUUUAGAACGUCCUACUCAAUGACAUAAGAUCCAGGACUCGAAUCCCAGAUACUCUAAACCAGUGGUUGGGUGUGUUUAGUUGGUGGCCACCAAUGGGUUAGAAAUGGCUACUCUCACCUCCCAGGUCUUUGUCGGUCUUCCAGCAUAUAUUUAUGGUCCCUGUGCGACUGUCUUUGUGAACUCUAGACUGAGUGCAGGUCACACCGUGAUCUUAUCCCAUUAUACGGUCAGUGAAUGAGGUCCCAAUAUAAAAGUAAUAUUUUUAGCAUCAUGUGUAGCCUAAAUAUAUAAUGAAUUGUAAGCAAUUCUGUCAGAAGCUGAACCCAGUGAAUGUGAGAUCGCCGAUGACGUCCUAUCUAAUUAAGUAACCGUCAAGAACCAGCGGUAAAUCAAAUCUAGGAUUGGUAAAACUGGGAUAGAUUAGCUUCGAGCAUAUCUCUCAUCGCACCGCAGACUCGUUUUACUGGAGUAUUCACUUGAGGAUCUUGGCGAAAAAGAACUUCUUUCAAAAAUUCAUUAUUCUAUCGGACGAAAAAAGCCUAUCCAGCGCCUUUCAACUUCCACCAUAUUAUGUUUCGAUAAGGGAUCUACUGAACAGCAGAAAGGACAAAUACUUGUGAUACAUGCACGUUGGAUCACUGCUGUCCCAUUGUUAGUUCAAGUUCCGGAUGAAGUUUUCCUUGAAGUUUAAAUGAUCAGGAUCUUAGUGACUGCAUGAGGCAUGUGAAUUCAGACCUUGCAGAGACGUGGGUAUUCGAUCAGCUAUCACACUACGAGGUAGUGAGUCGUACCCCUACCGGACAUAAUGUUUGGGUCACACAGUACGUUAGUAUCUGCUAUGCCAUGAUCAGAAAACCAUGGGCCUCGCAGCCUGGUGUGCGCUGGCAGUACACUCGUACCUGGUUCCCUGCCGGUAGAUGUGUUUGCGUUCCCGUCGGGCGUACCGGUCGUGAGCAUGGCUGCCCGGUCAUCCUCCUCUUCCUGACCCGUUGUCGUGCUGUUUUUGGCAAAGAUCCUGGUCAAGUGUUUGUUGUAGACCAGGAGUGUGGUGAUACGCCCCGGUGACGGUUCGGUCGUGCCAGCCACCUGCGCCUUCCCUCAAAUCCGGCUUUCUUGACUAUGUUUUGGCACCGGCCCCGGUGUGAAGAGAAAGAGUGCGGUAGAUGCCGUGCAGGUCCACUUGCCUGCUGUAACUUGCUGUGGAGCACACGGUGAAUACCGUCGACCACGAUGUUCGAAUCGUCUGACCAACAAAGUAAUUGCCCUUCUGUCACCACAUGCUUGUCGGCGUCAAUGAGGACGAAAGUAUCUUACCGAACACGGAACACUCCACAUGAUGGGGCCCAUUACUGCGCAAGACGCAAGUAUUAAACGCAAUGUGACCAGGAGCUCUCUGGUAGGUUGGCUUGAAGCCCAGUCGGAUAGGCAUCCGGUCCACAUCACUUGGGAGGUGCUGUCACUGUUACACAAUUUCCUUAAAACAUCCCCAUACUCUAAACGUCUUCGCCUUACUUUUGUUUGCCUUAAUCCUUUUCUGGAGGCGUAAUAAACAUUUUAAACGUUGAGACUCAAUGACACUAAAUAAUAACAGGCACGGAACAGAAAAAUUUUUUAGGAUUGAGAUGCCUAUUCAUGGUGUCAGAAAGUCCCAUCCGACAGACUCCAGCCUGCAACUAAGUUUAUGCUAUGUCAAGUAAUUUUUGCUUUUUUAAUAAUUUUGAACAGAGCGCACAAACUGCCCUGCGUAAGUCUUUGUUGGAAGUUCUGGUUGUUUUUACGUCUGUUUUCUAUUACACGUAUACACACUGAAGUCUUCUUCUAUGUUUAGUGCUCAGAUAUGCCGGAGGAGAUGCGCUCCGAAGUUGUGGAGUACUGCGUGACGGCGUGUGAGAAAUAUCCCGCAGACAAUAGGGUGCGUUAAAGUGACAUCGUUUUCCACUGUCAUCCUCUCCCAUUCAAAACUAAGAGAAUUAUAAGGUCGGGACAUGACAGUUCGAUCGUCGUAAACGACGGUGUCCGCCAUGUACCGCAAGUAGCGGGUGCAGGACGGUGAGUCUCGUGUGAAUUAGUUUAUGGCGAGGCAGGUUUGCGAAGCUUUCAUUGUGUUCUACCCCCCUCACCUUUUUUCUUCUGAUGGCAAAACAAUGCUAAAACGACUAAAGGCGGGCUGAAUCAUGAGAAUGUGUCACUAAACUUUUUCGGGAACUACCAAGUGCAAGAACCCGUCCCUCCAUAAACAGUUUAUCAUAAGGAAAGUUAGACGUGAAAGGGUCUACUCAAAGGACUAGGAGAGCAGGCCCUGAACAAGCCAAUCUGUGCAAAUGUCUGGUUCAUACAGCGUGUCACGCGGGAGUCGGCCGGACCAACGCUAGGGAUAGACAAGGGAAUGAAAUGCGUUAUCCGGUCUGCGAACCUAUAGCAAGUACUGCACAUGGGAUCUGAUGGCCCGUCUAGACGCAGGCCCACGCCACACUAGCCACCUGUGCCUAAUUAUCGCAUUAGACACGUGGCCGAUCCGAAUAAGGAACUGGUGCCUGGGAGACCAAUGAGACCGAAUGGUUGAUCGGUCCCCACAGCAGUCAGCGCACACCCCUCAAUAUCAACAAACAUACGCGCCUGAAUCUGUCACGGUGGCCCAGAAGACGUGGCCUGGAUGGCUACCAAAUAACGACAUAACUCGGUUCCCUUCUCCGGACAGAGACCUGGACUCCAAUGGCUCCUUAGUAAUGUGGCCUCUAUGAUUCACCUACUCAAAUGGGAUCCAGGUCUAUCAUGCGCGAACCAGACGUUUGUAGGAGCAUAGGCGCGCUGUUUGGCUUGUCAGCCAUCGCGCCCGAUCCUCGGCUUUGCCUUGACAGCGGGCUCAGGCAAGUGAGAGAACAUUGUGGCAGUUUCAACGCGAGUUUACUACCAAUAUAAACUAAUUUAAGUGCAAGUCACGGACAAUGUGCCUGUAUAGUUGUGUGACAUCUGGGGGACGUCUUCCGCGACUGCCGAACUGCCAUACGUAGGUGCGCAAGAUGGCAGAAUGGGAAGACCACGAUAGCGCUGACGACGGCAUUAAGUCAGAAGCAGCUACUACAGUGCUUGACCUUUUUUGCAAAGCCUACCUACAAGCUAUUGUGCGUUGCUAACAGAUCGCCUGUCAGAACUCCAUACCGAAAGGUCAAGGCAGCAAGCGUCGCCCCCUAUUACGUCUCGUGACUGAAACAGAUAGGCGCACACCAUUCCCGCACGACUUUGAAGACACCCCAUCGUCACUGACAGGGUAUGCAUGUGGGUUUUCCGGGUUCUCUGUUGUCUGACAACGGCAGGCAGACUAGAAUACCCGUUUUAACUCCCCCUGUCUCGAUCGGCAAUACCUUCCGACUAGAGUGUGAAGUUAGCGUCCAUACUCACCCCUUUUUUGGCAAAUUUCUUCCUCCAGACGUCCCAACUUAUCUAUCUUUCAGCAAGCAAAAACUAGCCGGAUGUGUCAUUAGUCAAUUACCUUAGUCUAGUUUCAUGCAGAAUGAUUUGGGAAUAGUUCCUGCAUGUAAGUAUGUAUUGAUUUGGCAAAAUAUGCCUACAAUAGAUAAAGCGAAGGUGCCCACAGAACUUAAUGAUCAAAUAUUCCGUUUCGUAAAGCAGUUUGAUUAACCUCCACUUAUUUUCUUUCUAGAGCGCCGCGCAGUGCCUGAAAGACGAAUUGGACAAGAAAUGUGGAACUACUUGGCACGUUGUUGUCGGUGAAGGUUACGGAUUCGAAGUGACUUAUGAACUCAAUUCACUGUUAUACAUGUAUUUUGGUGGAAAUUUGGGAAUUCUGGCAUGGAAGUGUUAG